AUGAGACUCUCAAUUUUCAUCUAUUUUUGCCUGAUUCUCCCAAUUUUCUCCAUCAAUUGGCUCGAAGUUUUGGAAAAGUAAGAUUUUCUAAAAAAAAAAUUUUGAAACAGUAAUUUUUUGCAGUACUUUGGAUGAAAAUGUUGGAGUUUGUGACAAUCUUUAUCGACAUGUUUGCCCCCAAAAUAAAACUGAUGGAUUUUCUCAAGCAAUAAUUCAAGAAUUCAAAAAAGAUUUUGAAACGUACAAAAUCCCCGAAAAUUUUGAGAAAAUCAAAGAAGAAGUCAAAACAUUUAUCGAAACUUUAAGACAUAAUACAACAUUUAAGAAUAGGCCAGUUUCAUAA